AUGAACAACCUUGACAUUUCUGCUCUUCUUGCCGAUGGUCAAGACGCCCAGCGCGUCGCUCGCACUGCGCUCGCUCUGGAUGUUCUCUCCGACUCCGUCGAGGCUCGCCAAUAUCUCGAAGAAUGGACGCCUUUUCUGACAAAGUUGACCAACAACAACCGGAAACUCGCUGCUGCAUUAGCAGCCCUUGAAGCUGCCGGAAUUGCCAAGCGAGACGCAAACUCUUCCAAUGACGCCGACGGUACAGAAGAGACCUCGCCCGCAACCGAUGAUCCUGGUUUGUUGAGGAAGCAAUCGCUUCGUUCCGCAACGCAUUCUGGGAGAAGGGUUGGAUAUUGA